AUGGCGCCGCCGCUCCCGAAUAACCGGGAUCCAUCCAAGCAGCCUUUGGUCACUGAUCUUUCUCAUUCUUCCGCUCCGAAUGUGGUUCCGGAAGCUUCUCCUCCGACUGGCCGUUCCUACUGCCCAUGCUUCACCACCAUCUUCCUUGUUCUUUCGGUGCUCAUCAGCGGGCUCUCGCACUUCACCUUCUACCUCAGCAACAAUUGCUCAAAAGCCGAAGAAGUCGUUCAAAAGAUAUGUGAGCCGCAGCUGGUAAGAGUCAAACUCUUCACCGAGACCACCAUUCCGGACUUUUCUAUGAGCCCAAUAGCCGUGGACAUUGCCAGUAAAUGCGAGGAUAUUCAAGUGAGAGCGUUCUUCUUGUCAAAAGUUUUCUAAGUUGCAAAUUAUAAGUUUAGGAUUGCCUUUCUCCGGUCAAAUGCCCCCGUCUACGGGCUCUCAGUCCCCUGCCCGACCGCUGUCCGAUCUUCGUUUUCUUCAACAUUCGUUUUCUGGAAUGUCGUCAGAAGCUACUCGAAUCUUCUGAAUCCGAAUGUGUCCGCGCCUUCUUUAAACCUGGACCGCUUCAAUGCCAUCUGCUGAAUGAACAUGUGGAUUGUGUCUUGAAGUACAUCGACGAUCUGUGCUAUGAUGACGUGGUCGACUACGCGUUCCGAAAGCAAAUCGACAAGUACCGAGAGAUCAUCAAUUGUCCGGUUCCGUUGCUCGUGGAUGAAGAAGCGCUUCGGAUCGAUGGUCCGGGUUGAGAUGGAGACGGAUAAUACAGUUCACCGUAUUUUAAUCAACUUCUAUUAAUAAUGUUCCUCAUUUAUAGUCCCCUCUCUUCUUUGAAUCAAACUUCCUUGCUUCAAUUGUAAAUGCGUUGUUGAAUUAGGCUGCACUACCCUUUGUAACUCCUUCAUCUCAAAAAGUUCGGUUUUUCCAAUUCUGUGAGAUCUCUUUUCUUCCUUCUCAAAUAAACGAUCAUUGGUCGAAAAAUGCUCACACAAAACUCAAAAAUGUUUCUAAACGCUAGGGGAUUCCCUCCACACGCGACGAGUGCUCAGUGCAUUCGGUGCGCCUUUUUUGCUACUUCCCAUUCCUUCCGUCCCCAUUUAUCUUCCUCACUUCACACACUCUCCUCUUCUAUCUCUUUUUCUUUUUCAUUGGCACUCUUCGGUCGAAACGACACCAAAAGCAAGCAGUCCGUCCAUUUCCUCGUCUCCAUUCCUCCCAUUCCCUUCUCUUCUUCCGAAACGAACAACCCGCUUUGAAUUAAUCGAAAAAGUGCUGCCAGAUGCCCCUGGAGCUCAUUAAAGUAACGGCUUCUUCUCUUGUUCUCUGAACGCUCCGAACAAAAACUAAAUUGCUCUUCUUUUGCUUCUAUAGAACAACGCACUAACUAAAGGAGAGAGAAGAGAAGAAAAAUUCAAUUACACUAUGUUUCACCGGCUCAGAGCGUUUUUCAGCUCCUUGUCACAUUCAUUUCUGAGCAGUUACUUUAGCCGCAGGCAUUUUCUACCUAGUUUUUGUUCCAGCAUGUUGUGAACCAUGAAACAGUUGAAACGAGCGAGUUUCUUAUUUUGGUUUGAGCUGGUAGCCUAAACAGUUUCUCGAUAAUUUCUAUAGCAAUUGGGCGUUAGGAGUCUGUCCCUCGAUAUAUCCCGUCAUUUUCCAGGGCAGCAGGUUCUCAAAUUGAUUCUGGGAUGGCGUUAGGAGUGUGCGGAUGGAUCGGCGCCUUUCUGUGCUGCGUUUUCUGCUCCGGAAUGGUGUGCUUCAUCAUCUUUGGCGGCACCAUCUUUGUCGGCUUCCUCGCUUUGUUCACAGCUGUCCACGAGUGCACUGGAGCGGACCUCAAGAAUGCCGAACUUUGCAUUCCGAUCACUGCCGAACUCGGAAACGCCACCCUGAACUUCGAGCCAAAGUUCGACAAUACCCAGGAGUUGGAGCGUCUCAUCAAGUUGUGCGGAGAUGCCACAGUAAGUUUUGAGAAAAAAAAUACACAAUUCCACCCAUACUUCCAAUUUUCAGCGCUGCAUCAAGAAUGUAAACUGCCUUUCCCCACGUUUGGAUUUUAUCAAAACUGAAAGAAAUCAUUGUGAUGUUUACACCUUUAUCAAGGAAGAAUUCGGAACGUGCGCCGCCAAGCUAAAGCAGAAGGCUCAGGAGAAGAACGUGGAUUGUCUGAAGUUCUUGUUCCAAGAGAAAAAGUGCGAUAAGUGGUUGGACAAUCAGGCGUGCAUCGAUAAGGAAAUCCAGGCGGAGUGCGGUGUGGAAAUACUGAAACGUUUCGGAACGGUACUGUGGUGUUCUUGAUUUUUCAUACGUUUGGUUUUUCAGAUCUCGAAGGAGUUCAGAAAAGGAGCGUGCAAAGUGAUCCCCGGUGCUAGAAGAUGA